UUAUUCUAAGUGGAGUUGCUCUGAAUCCGGACCGCUUAAUAUUUUAACCAUUGCAUUGGCGAAUUAGUUGUAGUGGCUCUGUAACCAAUGCAAGCUUGCCUAUGAAAUGCCAUGGAAGGGUACAGAAUGACACUGUAACAGUGCAUACCCCAUUCCAUUAUUCCUCUUAUUUAUUUAUAUAUUUUAUAGCAAGGGAAUUGAUAUCAUCUGUAGCUGAAUUGCAUGUCUUGCCAUGUUGAGAUCAGAGUAUAGAGUUUCUGCUUAUGUAAGAUGGCUAAUCCACUGCUGUUUCAUGAUAUUUAGUCACACUGACUCAGUUUAUUACAGUAAAUUUGCCAGUUGUCCCAUUGAGGUGACAUUUUCUCUGGUUAAAUAGUAAAAUGCAUGCAUGUUUGUAGUUACAGCAAUAGUGAGCAGCCAGGUCUGGCUCAUUGGCUGAAUACAACGUAUAUAAGCAGAUCAGAGCCUUGCACUCUGCUCAUAAGAGGGCCAAGCCAACAAAUGCUGGUGAGACUGAGACUGUGGAGGACUCUCCUCCUCCUGAGAGUUUCAGGCUGGACCACACACCAGUCAACCCUUAUUCAAGCUCCAUAAGGGAGAUGCUGAUGACAUUUGGGACCGCCACUUAUAAAGUUGGCCUUAAGGUGCACCCUAAUGAGCAGGACCCCCGUGUGCCUAUCAUGUGCUGGGGCAGCUGUUCUUGCACCAUCCAGUCUAUAGAGAGAUUAUUGAUAGAUGAGGAGAAGCCUUUGUUUGGAAGUUUACCCUGUAGACAGACUAUUUGAGUUCCCUGGCUCAGUUUGGCUCUGCAUGCUGGACUGUCUCCUCUCACUCCUCUGUGCAAAAUCACUUCAUGCGACUGUUGGCAGUUUCCUUCUGCUUCUGAGUUCAAAGAGCUUUUUCUCAUCCCCAUCCUGGAUCGCCCCUACAGCUGCCUGUUUGGUACAUUCCUCUACAGCAGUGAGCAGGAGAGAAUGGAAAAGGAAGUACAGGGUAAAACAGUCACUGUGGUCCUACAUUAACAGUCAGCCGGAGGACUUCACUAACCCGUUCUAUGUGGACUGUAAAAACCAGGUGCUGUAUCCACUGGCCAGUCUCGCACAUCUGGAGCUCUGGGUGGGUUAUUAUGUGCGCUGGAACCCACGCAUGAGACCACAGAUGCCGCUCCAUCAGAAUCUGAGAGAGUUAUUGUUUUUGCGUGAAGAACGUGGAGGAGCUCCAGAGAGAGGCCACGUCAUCCUGCUCCAUCUCCUCAUCCUCAGAGCAUACUUCUCCCUCCUCACAUAGUGAUGACCAUCCUGACCUCUGAGGCUUCAUCACUCAUCACCAUGGUAACUGUCUUGUCCACCCCCAGUAAAAGGCUGCAUACUCAUACUGUGCUGUGAAAAAGCGUUUGCUUCCAUCUGCUUUUUAGCAAGUGCACACUUCCAUCCAUCCAUCCUACACAGGGUUGUGGGGAGCCUGGAGUCUAUCCCAGGGAACUCGGGGCACAAGGCAGGGGACACCCUGGACAUGGUGCCAACCCAUCACAGGGCACAAUCACUCGUGCACACACACACUGGACAAUUUUGGAGAUGCCAAUCCACCUACAACGGAUGUCUUUGGACUGGGGGAGGAAACCCCUGAAGCACAUUUGCAGGGACAUCAAGAAAAUUUAGUGAAACCCAGUCAGUGAUCUUAUUGGAUAAUUAGUCUCUAAUGAUUUGACCUUGUUUGUUACGCUGCUAAAUAUUUUCCAAAGGUAUGGAAGUGAUGUUAAGUCAGCAGACGUAUUGUGUGGGUUUGUGUUCUCUCUCCCUCCCCCUGUUUUUUUCUCACAGGUCACUCUGCCCUAAUUCGUUGUGCUGACGUGCUGCACGGGGAUUGGAGAGGAGAAGAUUGUCCCUCUUUUAAAAAGGAGGACGAACAAUAUGUUGGGAGGAAUGCGGAUGUGUGGGGUGUCUGUGUCUGCGUGUGUACGACUGAGUAGCGAAUGUUUUUCCUGGUGUUUGAGUGAAAUCGCUUGCUUGUUGUGUGUGUACGAGUGAAAGAAGUGAGUGGAAGUAUAUUGUGUUGUCCCAUUCCCCUGGUUUGUCUUGUGUUGUGGCUGAGUGUACGCCUGAAUUGUAAAUAUAUCUUUCAUUGUAAAUAUUUCUCUUCUUACUGUCAUGAAAGCUGUAGGGGUUGUGUGGCGUUUAUUUUUGGGCUCUACCUUUUGUUCGCUGUUUUUGCCUCAGUGAGGGAGUCAGGUUAGACUCUGUUUUCUUUUGACAUACCUUUUUUGUUAGGUUAGUUAAACUGAUACAGGGAAGAUAUCGAUUGUUUUGUUUAUUACAUUGGCCUUGCCAGCCCUGAAGAGUGGUGCUUUCCGAGUGAUUGUUUGUUUUGCAUUAUUUUUCUUGUGAUCAUUAAAUUUGUAAGAUUUGAAAGACGUGAGGUAAUGAGAUAAUGAGGUGUCAACCUCAUUAUUUCUGAGUCUGAUUUGUUUUUGUUUAUACUUUUUUUAUGUUACACCUCGACCCUAGACUGGGGUCGUAACAGUGAGUCAAAAAUAACUUCCGUUUCCUUUUAUGGACUUUUGUGGGCAUUGCUACAUGGAAAUGAGCUGUGUCAGGAACACGGUUUGCACUUUAGAGGUGAACAACACGCGUACACAAGUACGAAGAACAUCGGCGUUUCCGAAACUUUUAUAAAUCCGGCAGAAACGUUUAGUUUGGUUUGACUUGGGCAAACAUUUACACACAACUUUACUAAAAGAAACUUGCUCAGAGAUGUUCAAUCGGGUUCAAGUCUGGGCUCUGGCUGGGCCACUCAAGGACAUUCACAGAGUUGUCCUGUAGAUAGAUAGAUAGACAGAUAAUUUUAUUGGUCCUCAAAAAGAGGAAAUUUGUUUCCACAGUGGGUGCGUACAAAAACAUAACGUCAUACGUAUAGACCAACAUAAACAAUCACAGCCAUAGAGAGGAAAAGGGGACGAGGAGAAAAACAUCAGGAUCAUCAUACAACAAUGCAUCUGACAUCACAAUGGCUGUGUACCUAUGUGUUUAAUGCUCGUAUAGCCAUAUUAACAAAACUCCUACCAUAGCCAGCCUUUCUGCACACGGGUAGUCUAUACCUGCGGCCAGAUGGAAGGAGAUUGAAAUAUUGAUAAAGUGGGUGGUUUGGGUCAUUCAAAAUUUUAUGUGCCUUCUGGAGCGUAAAUGAAUUGACACAGUCCGAUAAAUUAGGGAUGGGAAUACCAAUAAUUUUCUUUGCUAAAUUAGUUAUUUUCAAAAUGUUGUUCUUAUUAGUUACUGUUAGCAUAUGGAAAAAACAAAUGGCACCAUAUAUAAGAACCGGUUCAAUAAUACUUCGGUACAGAAGAAGAAGCAGACUAGGCUGAACAGACAGAUAUUUAAGUUUAUGGAUAACUGUGAGUCUCUGACAACAUUUGUAAAUACCUAGAAUGUGCUGAUUGAAGCUGAGAUGUUUAUCCAAUGUAAUGCCCAGAUAUCUGAAAUGCUCCACACUUUCAACCAUCUCUCGGUUAAUGGUAAAACCGGAAGGAUGGAUCUACCACGAUUUCUCCAUGAUGUUUGGUGACAAAGUGUCUCAGAAGUUCCUGGCAAUGUGGUCAAUAUUCUUCAAGCCAAAAAUCAUUGCAGACUGCAAGACUCUUAAGAAUAUGGGCGAGCUGCUGUCAGGAACUGAACCUGAAUCUGAGGACUACAAUGGAUGGGACAGCGAUAUGUCCUCAAUCCUUUUGCAGCUGCAUCUGCUCCCUCUAACCUCAAGAGGCCAGAAAAAAAUAUCCAAGAUCAGUUCAGCUCAAGCAACCAGCCAUCUUGUGAGCUACCUUAAGGAAGGAGCCAGUGUGAAUACCUUCAUUGAGAGUGCUGACACAAGACAACCAUUUCUCCUCUGCAUCGAAUACCGCUGCUGGGAAAUUGCCGUUCCCAAGGUUGGACACACGAGGGCAGUCAAGCUCCAUCCAGCACAACACACAACGCCACCUGAAACAGAAGGAAGCUGCCUUAAUCACGAUGAACCCAGGCUACGCAGGCAGGACCGAGCUCCGGGACAACCUGGAGGCCGCUUCAGAUCCGUCUCCAUGAUUGUGCCCGACCACGCCGUCAUCGCAGAGGUGGACUUGUGAGCUGAGGGCUUCAAGUCCAGUGAGACUCUGGCGAAGAAGAUGAUUCAGCUGUAUAAGCUGUGCAGCAAGCAGCUUUCCCGGCAGGACCACUACGACUUCAGCAUGAGAGUCGUCAACUCUGUUAUCGUCAUGGCCGGGUAUGUCCGUCUACGAACAGGGUGAACAUAUUAGAUU